AUGACGCGUCAGAGGCAUCGUUCGGAUGACCGACGUCGCAAUCGUGACCACGACAACGAUUGCCGAGCAGCCGCAAACGGCUAUCUUCCGUCGCACUUUGUUCAGUAUCCCACGGCGUUGACAUACACCAGAAGCGAGUUCAGACGCCUAUCCUACAGGCGUGAGAUAGCGUGUGGCUGCGAGGACGCCGCACAGAAGCAAAGGCCGUGA